AUGUCGAACUUCGUAGCUCCAGAAACUAAAAAAUUUGUCAUUUGGGACUAUCUUGUUUUUGCAGGACUAUUUUUAGUAUGUGCUUGCAUUGGAGUCUUUUUUGCCAUUAAGGAGAGGAAAAAGAAAACUUCAAAGGAGUUUUUGGUGGGUGGUAAGCAGAUGUCAUGCGGACCAAUAGCCUUCUCCCUCACGUCCAGCUUCAUGUCAGCAGUGACAGUUCUGGGGACACCCUCCGAAGUUUACCGCUACGGAGCAUCCUUUGUUCUUUUCUUUCUUUCCUACACAUUUGUCAUCAUUUUUACUUCUGAGCUUUUUCUACCUGUAUUUUACAGAUCUGACAUUACAAGCACUUAUGAGUAUUUGGAGUUAAGAUUUAACAAGACUGUUCGUCUUGCUGCAACACUGAUCUACAUCCUGCAGACGAUUCUUUACACAGGAAUAGUGGUUUAUGCUCCAUCACUGGCUCUCAACCAAGUCACUGGAUUUGAUCUCUGGGGCUCUGUCAUCGCAACAGGAGUUGUCUGCACUUUCUAUUGCACUACGGGAGGAUUAAAAGCUGUCGUCUGGGCAGACGCAUUUCAAAUGGUGAUCAUGGUGCUUGGCUUCGUGACUGUCUUGAUUCGAGGAACUAUUCUGAAUGGUGGGUCAACCAGGAUCUGGGAAGAUGCCUAUGAAGGAUCGCGACUAAACAUAUUUGACUUCGAUGUAGAUCCUCUAAGACGACAUACCUUCUGGACAAUUGUUAUCGGGGGAACAUUUACGUGGCUAGGACUCUAUGGAGUUAAUCAGUCCACAAUACAGAGAUGCAUUUCUUGCAAAUCAGAGAAGCAUGCAAAGAUGGCACUUUACCUGAACUUACUGGGACUUUGGAUAGUGCUGGUGUGUGCAGUAUUUUCUGGUUUGGUGAUGUACGCUCAUUACAAGAAUUGUGACCCUUGGACUGCUGACUUCAUUUCAGCUCCGGAUCAGCUCAUGCCCUAUUUCGUUAUGGACAUUUUUUCUUCGAUGCCAGGAGUCCCGGGACUAUUUGUCGCCUGUGCAUUCAGCGGAACACUAAGCACGGUGGCGGCAAGCAUCAAUGCUUUAGCAACCGUUACCUUUGAAGACUUGGUCAGGAAAUGUUUCCCAAACCUCUCUGAGAAGAAGAGCACGUGGACCAGCAAAGGCUUGUGUAUAUUAUACGGUAUUUUGUGCACUUCCAUGGCUGGAGCAGCAUCACUGAUGGGAGGAAUCGUGCAGGCUGCACUCUCUAUUCACGGAAUGUGCGGAGGGCCCAUGCUGGGAUUAUUCACUCUGGGAAUCAUCUUUCCGUGUGUUAACUGGAAGGGUGCGAUCGGGGGCUUCCUCACCGGGAUCACCCUGGCUUUCUGGGUUGGCAUCGGCUCCUUCAUCUAUCCCGCACAGCCCGCAAAGACCAUUCCCCUGGAGCUGUCAACCCUCAACUGCACGCUGGCAAACAGCACGGCCUUGCCGACUGCAACAACUCCCAUCACAGCUGCUGACAGGCCGCUGCUGGCAGACACCUGGUACUCCCUGUCCUACCUCUACUUCAGUACCAUCGGCUGCCUGGGCUGCAUCAUCUCAGGGCUGCUCAUCAGCUUUGCAACAGGGCCUACCAAAGGAGAGAGCAUCCGCCCGGUGCUAAUCAAACCAGUCUGCAAUUUCUUUUGCUUCUGGUCAGAAAGGCUCAAGACGUUGCUGUGGUGCGGCGUGCGGCACGACAGCCCGGACGAAGAUUUUGAAAAAAAUCUGCCUGCAGUUAUCACAGAUAACACUGGAACAGAUGACACCUUCAAGAACAAUGUCAACAAAGAAAACACAAGUCAGCUACCUGGUUACAAUCCUGAGGAAAAAUCCUAUACUAAUAUGAGCAAAGAAUCUCGUCUCUAGAAGCUGAGGAAUGGGACGUUUAAUCAAACUUUACUCCUCCAUCUUCAGAAAUGAAGAGCUCUUUAUACCACAUUUACCACCUCCUAGAUGACCAAGAAAGAACUGCUCUUUAUAGCAAUAAAGGCCAGAUUAUUAUUUAUGAAUUUCAUAACAGAACUGGGAAAUCAUAACACAAUGUUCUUUUUGGAAGCACUGCUAUUUCAGAAGAAAUGUUUCAUGAAUCAUGGAAACUGCUAGGGUGUAGCUGCAAUACGUCUACACCACAUUCUCUGUUCAGUAACUAGUCAUUGAAGGGUAACGUGCAAAGGUGAACUUGAGAUAAAACAAGACUUCAGAUAAGCUUCUGGGGUCUCUCGCUAAGGUGAGACUGUGAACUGCCCUCUGAUGGAGGGCAUGCUCUCUCCACUGCAGACAGAGGGAGGCCAGGGGAGAGGAAGGAAGUCUGUGCCUAUUCUUAGGCAUUACAAAAAGCCUCCUCACAGAAACGUUGUAUAGACCAGACUGGUCUUCUUUUAACUGAGUUCGUCGUGCUUGCUUCCUCUGUGGAACUAAGAUGUCUUUACAAUGUGUUAUU